AUGGAGGACAGCUGGGAUCUGCAAGCUUUGGUGAGGUCAGGAUGGAGUACUAAUUAUGAAGAGUUUGCCAAUAUCAUGGACAACCCACCUUCCUUGUUUGCUCCUUUGAAGUUUGAUCAAGAUGAGCUUUUAAAUUUCGAAGAAAGUUUUGAAACCCCGACUGAUUUUGUUGAAGUAGAUGGCCUUUACAGGCCUUUCUACCCUGUGUUGCACCAAACCCUUAAUUCCCCACAAAACAAUAUCCUUAGUACGAGUAUCAGUACCACAUCCAUAUCUAUUCCCAAAGAAGAGAAACAGGGAGAAAAGGUGCAAAAGAAGAAACCUACAACAACCUGUGCAAAUAGCAGUGAUGCUAAUAGUGCAGCCAAAUCAAAAAGGAGGAAGAAUCAGCAAAAAAGAGUUGUUCAACAUGUGAAAGAAGAUGGUCUCUCUUCUGAUAUGUGGGCUUGGCGCAAAUAUGGGCAGAAACCCAUCAAGGGAUCUCCAUAUCCAAGGAGUUACUACAGAUGUAGCAGUCUCAAAGGAUGUUUGGCAAGAAAACAAGUGGAAAGAAGCAGUACAGAUCCAUCAACAUUUAUCAUAACCUACACAGCUGAGCACAGCCAUGCCCAUCCUACUCGAAGAAGCUCACUGGCUGGUAGCACCAGAAUCAAGCCGACCGCUAUGCCUAAAGAAGCCACUACAAAUAUUGAGCCCAACAUGCCAACAGUCAAAGACGAACGUUCGCCAAAUUUUGAUGGGGUUCUCUCUUCAACAACCACUUCAACGACUUCCAUUGAAGAUGAAUCGUUGCAACAUGUGAGUAGCAAAAAUAAGGAAUUAUUAGAUCAAGGGCAGAUUUUGGAAGAAAAUGAAAGCAAGGAAAUUGUCAUGCCAGAUUUAGUAUUCAGCGAUGAUUUAUUUCCAAGUUUAGAGGAUUUGGAAGGAUUUCUUUUGGAUCAAUAA